AUCUCCCUGCACUCCCCACCCAUCCGACCUCAGGCCGGCCUGCUUCUCCGUCCCAUAAGUACCCUGGGCCCCUUGCCUUCGCGGAGGUGGAGCUAAGUUUGUCGGUUGCGAGAUGGCAAAACAGAAGAGAAAAGAGAGCGAAGUGGCAGAGAAAAAGAGCAAAAAAGUGAAGAAGGUGUUGGCUGUGGAGACGCCAGCGGCGUGCGCGGCCCCGCCGGGCCCCGGGAUGGCCCCUGCCGAGGGGUCUGCAUCCACGUCCCUGUCCCCGGAGGAGCAGAGGGUCCUGGAAAGGAAGCUGAAGAAGGAGCGGAAGAAGGAAGCGCGGAGGCAGCUGCGGGAGGCGGGCAUCGCUGCGGCUCCAAGCCCGGCAAUCAAGCGCUCAGGGGCCGCGAUGGCCCUGGAGUACUUGUGCAGCUGGGCCCAGAAGCACGACGACUGGAGGUUCCAGAAGACGAGGCAGACCUGGCUGCUGGCGCACAUGUAUGACCGCGACCAGGUCCCUGACAAGCACUUCCCCGCCCUGCUGGCCUACCUGGAGGGCCUCAGGGGCCGCGCCCGCGAGCUGACGGUGCAGAAGGCGGAGGCGCUGAUGCGGGAGCUGGACGAGGCGGGCGCCGGCGCCCUGCCGCCCGGGGGGACCCAGCGCGCCCGGCAGGUGCUACAGCUGCUCUCCUAGCGGGUGGCUUGGGGGGCACCUGGGCCUGGUGGACCCCAGCGAGGGCAAGGGCCCUCUCUCCUGACUCCUCGACCAGGGACUCUAGAGGGGAUGACGAGUCACCCCUCCAUGGUAGAACAAGGUCACUCUGAAAUGACCUGGCCUCCCGGUGGCCCGCAGGCUCGCACGGUGGCCCGCAGGCUCCCACGGAAGGUGCUUUUUGCGGGAGACGUCUUGUCUUUCUACCAGGACUAUCCUAGAGCUCAGAGCUGGCCUUUCCGGUCAGCUGGGGCCCAUCCGCGUGGGGGUGUGGCUUCCUCCUCCUGAUGAUCCCGCCCCCGAGUCUGCCUGGCCACCUGCCUGCCUUCGCUGACGGCUGGGCUGGGGUCCAUCGCGCCUCCCCUGGCUGUAUUUUCAAUAAACACAGGCCCCUGGGGGCCA